UGACAUUUUCAGUAGCCUAGCCAGCUAGCCACACAAUACCUCAGGUUUGUUAGAACACUGAUGAAAGAAUAGUCAAAUCCCCCGGGAAAAAACAUUAGCUAGAGUCUUACAUGGUACUCACUUGGUACACUUGAUACACUUGUGGUAAAAGAAAAUGGCCAAAAGAAGGUUGACAAGUAGUGAGGUGGUCGACAUGAUUUUUUCUGAUGACAUACCCCUGGUGCCACUUCAGUCGGACGAUGAAGUGAGUGAAGCGUCAGACUCAGAGGAUGAAUUUACCCCUGAUUUGGUGGUGGAGGAGGUCAUUCAUACCCCUGAGGAGGAGGAGGACAUGAUGGCACCACAAGACCUGGUAUGGGAAACAGCGGAUGAGACACACCAGCCCUUCAUCCACCCGUUUGAUGACUCUGGCUCUGGCGUUACAACAACCUUGCCAGUGAUGUCAGAGUCAGAGUGUUUCAAGUUAUUUAUGUCUGAAGAUUUUGUGGGCAACAUUGCUGAGGAGACAAACAAAUAUGCCCACCACCUCAAGCAACAGGGAGGUGGGAGAGGGAAGAUGCAGAAGUGGGUCAACACGACCAUUGCUGAAAUGUUCACCUUCUUGGUGACAGUCCUCUUGAUGGCCCUUGUCCGUAAAAACACUGUGAAGGAGUACUGGUCACGGGACCCUAUGUUUUUCACUCCCUUUUUCCACACCCUGUUUUCCCAGGACAGAUUUUUGCUAAUUCUACGGUCCCUCCACAUCACAGACCCCAACAGCAUAAUCCCACGUGACCCCUUAGGGAAAAUUCGACCUGUCAUUUCAAGUUUGACCAACAGUUUUAAGCAAGUUUUUACCCCCUACAGAAAGCUGUGUAUUGACGAGUCCCUGAUGUUGUGGAAAGGGCGGCUUUCUUUUCGGCAAUUUAUUCCCUCCAAACGUUCCCGAUUUGGCAUUAAAUUUUUUCUGCUUUGUGAUGUACGUACUGGAUACCUUCUGGAUAUGAUUGUGUACACGGGCUCCUCCUCAGACAUCCAACUCGUUCCUGGCCUUGGGGUGACUGGGUCAGUGGUGACGACCCUACUCAGGCCAUUUCUGGGGAGGGGCCAUGCCCUCUACGUGGACAAUUGGUAUACCAGUCCGGUGCUUUUCCUCCAUCUUUUUAAACAUAAAACAGGGGCCUGUGGCACUGUGAGGAAAGGGAGGAAGGGGCUGCCUGUCUUCAAAAAUAAAAUGAAGAAGGGGGAGGUGGACUACAGAAAGGCAGGACAGCUUCUGGCCCUGAAGUGGCACGACAAGAGAGAUGUCCACCUUCUGUCCACGAUGAGUAAGGCAACCGUGGUGGACACAGGCAGGGUGGACUAUACUGGAGCUCCGAAAAUAAAGCCCUCUUGUGUGAUGGAGUACAAUGGCAGCAUGGGCGCAGUGGACAGGUUCGACAUGAAAAACAGUUUUGUUGACUGUACACGGAAGACUCUGAAGUGGUACAAAAAAGUGUUUUUUCAUCUGGUGGACUGUGCCAUCCACAAUGCACAAAUCGUUCACCAGCAGCUGACAGGAAGGGUCACUCCCUCUCAAGUGUUCAGGCGUGAGCUGAUGAGGCAGCUUCUGGAGAAGUACCACUGCCCCCGGAAUGCUCCAACUGCUGGCCGCCUGUCUUUGGACAAUCCCCUUAGACUGACUGGACGGCACUUUCCCCGUGAAGUGCCGAAGACCACUGCCCAGGGUGAUAGCACCAGGAGGCAGUGCAAAGUGUGUCUUCACACCACAAGGCGGCCCAGGCAGAGGAAGAUGACACGAAUCUUCUGUGCACCUUGUGACGCCGCAUUGUGUGCCUUCCCUUGUUUCGAGGAGUAUCACACCCUGAAAUUAUAUUAA